AUGACAAACUCGUGGAUAUUGAAUGUUACGAAUUAUUCAUUGAUCUGUGCACAAGUCUCUGAUGUUACACUCGAGGCUGUACGUGCUGACGAACAUCCUAUAUCACACCAUGAACGCUCGGGUGGACCAGCGCAAUUUCUGGAUAUUGAAGUGCGAAGUAUAACAAAGAAGUUUGAGCCCUUCAUAGUUCGGAUUCAAAGUGGCCAAUUCCAAGAUAUGCGCGAUAAAUUGAAUAAGCCGAUUGGUCUAGCUCAACAGGUCGUUUUGAAGCAAUCGAUCAAUGACCAAUUUGUCGAUGUAUUUCAUGUACAAGUUGAAAUGAAUGAAAAAUACUCGUAUGCUCAUACUGAAGAGUUGGAACCCUGUUUGGGUUGUGCAACAAAGAAGGCAAAUGUUAAAAUUUCAAAAUGCUGUCUAAAUACUUAUGCUAAUAGUGAAAAUUUACCGUUCUGCACGCAAUGCUUCUGUCGACCAAUGUGGUGUGAGACAUGUAUGGCCCGCAUAUUUGCAGCAAAACAAGAUCGCAAUCAUCCUGAAGAGUGGAUGUCUGGAAAGGCGAAUUGUCCUACUUGCCGUGCGGUAUUUUGUGUGCUCGAUGUUUGUUCACUAGCAUGA